AUGUUCAGGCCACCGAUUGAAUUCACGUCCGAGAUGGCACAUGAGUAUCUUGAGGAACCUCAAAAAAUAAGUUGGUGUCCUUAUUCCUCGCGUAACUUGAUUGGAGUAGAUCAGCUACAGAGGGCUUACAUGAUUUCUAUCCGACGGGCUAUUCUUCCAUGGAGGUUUCUACUUCAAAACAUUGAUACAUGUGUAGCCGAGCCAUAUCACCCGGACCGUGUAGCUCGCCAACUUAAGUUAGACCAACAGAUACCAUAUAAUCCUUUGAUAUCCUUAUGGACAACAGACGUUGGCGUGGCGUACACAUACUGGUCACAUCUAUUUCUCCCAGCUCAGGAGGGAAUUCAUCAUCCUCUCAACAGCACUUAUGAAGGAAAAUGUGACGUGUCAUGGACUAGAUGGUGGAACAAAUUUUUGCAUCCGUUUACCAUUAUUUUGGAUAAACUUAAGGCUGGUAGUCCACAUGGGGAAAUCUCAUAUGAUGAGAGAAAGGAGGCGUAUAAGCAAAAGGCAAAAGAAUUUAUGCUCCCUCGGGAACUCUCAGAUUCUGAUUUUGUUAUAAUAAAGGAAGUGUCAGCAGACUGCCAAGACGGGUACAUUAAUGGUAUUGAGGCCACAGAGAAAGAGAUAGCAGAACGUUGGAAUCAUAUUUUGGGUAUUUUUCUUUCAGAUGAUGAACCUGCUAUGGCCUCUCGACGUAAGCGGAAGAAUAAGAGUAAUGUUAUUGACUCUUCCUUUAGCGCUUUGCCUCCAACGGAUAUGCAAGUUGGUGAAAACCUCUCAACUUCCAAGCUAAAGGAACCAAGUACAACUAAAGCUAUUUCUUCUGAUGAGGAGGCGAGUACAUUAGCGAUGGAUGGAUGA